CCCACAAUGCUUUGCGCUGUGGCUUCAUUUCUGGUACGGAAGUCAUAACAAAGACUUGCUCGUAGGUAAUUUUAUUUGGCAACUUUCAAUGAGUUUUACCAUUUAUAAAUCCUAAAACCCGCUCAUCCUUAAAUCAGCUGCCUGUGUAUCCAUGGAGACCCCUGAGCCUGGCCCAGCAGAUGGAGAGGAGCGCUCGGUGGAGCUGCGACCACGAACCCGCUCCAACCCUGAAGGUGCCGAGGACCGUCGUAGCAGCACCGGUAGUCUUGGAGGUGGAGGCAACCCCAACCUAUCACAACCAGCUGUCGGCAGCCGCGUCGAGGGCGAAGGCGAGGCCUCGACCAGCGACAGUCCUUCGACUUCCACCACGACCAGCAUCUCCACAGCUGUGGCUCAGACUGUGACCCCUGUGGCUGCUACUGCUGCUGUCACACCAAUGCAGCUUGCUGCUGCUGCUGCCGCCAAGGAGCGUCCCAAGCCCACACAACAGCUGCCUCCACUGUCAACCCCUCUACCUCCACCAGCAGAGUACCAAAUACGAGUUCCUCGGGUCAACUGUCCAGAGAAAGUGAUCAUCUGCUUGGACCUUUCAGAGGAGAUGUGUUUAUCAAAGCUAGAGUCUUUCAAUGGGACCAAAACAAAUGCUCUGAACAUUUCCCAGAAGAUGAUUGAGAUGUUUGUGAGAACUAAGCACAAGAUUGACAAGCGACAUGAGUUUGCUCUGGUGGUGGUCAAUGACGACGCUCUGUGGCUGUCAGGCUUUACUUCUGACCCCCGCGAGCUGUGCAGCUGUCUAUACGACCUGGAGACCAACGUGUGCGAGACUUUCAGUCUUGAAGAUCUUCUCAAUGUUAUUCGUCAGAAGAUUGAGUUGCCAUCGAUGGAGAACAUUCAGACCGUGCCGCCUCCUUACGUGGUGCGGACUGUGCUUAUCUACAGCCGCCAUGCUGGGCAGCUACAACUCAACCCCUCUGAGGCCGUCAGUAAGAUGCUCCAGUCUCCCUAUUUUUUCUUCGACGUGGUCUACCUACACAAUGGGGCAGAAGACCAGGGGGAGGAAACCAGCUGGCGGGAGAACUACACGGCUUUCUGCAACCUGGACUCAAAGGGAAUGGGUUAUCGCUUUGAGGUUUCUCUGAGCGGCCCUGCCAUCGAGCUGCACAACUGCAUGGCUAAACUUCUGGCUCACCCUCUGCAGAGACCUUUCCAGAGCCAUGUGUCCUACAGCCUUUUGGAGGGGGACGAGAUGCAGGACGUGGAGGCCACAGUCUAGAACGGGACUUUGUUCUGUUAGGUUCAAACGCACACUGAAUAUUAAUAGACUGGCACUGGGAUUGUCCAAAAACACGUAGAUUUAUCUUAUCUUGUAGGUUUUACUCAUGACUAAAGACUGGCUAAUAUUUAAAGAAUGACAAAAGCAACAAGAUGAGACCACCUCAGUACAAAUGUUUGCAAAAUCAAUCAACAAAGACGUGAACUGGAGCAUAAAGUACUGUUGUGUACUUUCUGUGUGGAAUAUUUUUACGUGGUCAUCUGCACCGUUACUAACAAUGAAAUGGUUUAUUUUAGCCAUUUUCUACUCCCGCACGAACAAAUAAGUGCAACAAAUGGAUUUGGCACAACCUGUUUGCCCUCAUAAACACAUUAUAACGGGACUAACUGUGAAUGUAGUUUGUUGGUAAAACUGUACAGUCGGUUCAAAAACAGUUUUUCAAAAAGGACAAAAUGAAGUGACAGAAGAAAGUUUAUUUUUCUAUUUCUGAACAUA